AUGAACACUAUUUGUCCUAUAUGUGCUAAACCUAUACCAGAAACUCUACUAGAGAGACAUGUCAACUCAUGUUUAGACGGUCAAGAGAAACCAUCUACAACCGAUACGAAAAUUCUGAAAAAACGUGAUGCAUUUACCGCGUUAGGUUUAAAACUCGAUUCACAGAAGAAGAAGAAUAAAUCUGAAAUCAAGAAAAGUGAAAGCUUCAAAGAACAAAGCUUUGAUGAGUCCAUACAAGCUAUUAAAAGUCAACCUGAUCAAGAAGAUGAAAAACACACGCCUACUCAAAAUGAUGCUGCAAAAGAAUUAGCUGAAUUAAAAAGAAAACUGGGUAUUCCUUUGGCUCAUAGACUACGACCAAAGACAUUAUCAGAGUUCAUUGGUCAAGAACAUGUUUUGGGAGAAGGAGCAACAUUAAGUAAUAUAAUAAAAUCAGAUUUAAUACCUUCUUUUAUAUUAUGGGGUCCACCAGGAUCUGGUAAAACUACAUUAUGUCGAGUUAUUGCUAAAGAAUCAUCACAUAAAUUUGUUGAAUUGUCGGCAGCUGACAGUACUGCUAAAAAUUUGAAAGAUGUGUUUAGUCAAGCUGAAAAUCAUAGGAAAUUAACUGGUCAAAGAACAAUUUUAUUUGUUGAUGAAAUUCAUAGAUAUAAUAAAUUAGUUCAAGAUAAACUCCUACCACAUGUUGAAAAGGGAACUUGUACUGUUAUUGGAGCUACUACCGAAAAUCCAUCAUUUUCAUUAAAUAAUGCUUUACUUUCAAGAAUGCAUGUUUUUGUAUUGGAACCAUUUAGCACAGAAUCAGUGAUGAAAAUUUUAAAUCGAGCUUUAUUUGAAGUGAAUAAAAUGAGAAAACUUUUAUUUAAAUUGCCUUAUUUAUCAAUAGACAAAGCUGGUUUCAAAUAUAUUGCAGAUUUAUGUAUGGGUGAUUCAAGAGUUGCUCUUAAUAUCCUUGAAACAGUAAAUGCUUACUCCUCAGCUAAUAAAGAAGAAGAACAAAAGAAUGAACCGACAAAAAUAACUGUUGAUGAUUUAAAGACUAUUUUAAAAUCAAGAAACUUUCAUCAAAUGUAUGAUAAAAAUGGAGAUGCUCAUUAUGAUAUAAUUAGUGCUUUCCAUAAAUCUAUACGAGGAUCUGAUGUUGAUGCUGCAAUGUUUUAUUUAGUUAAAAUGCUUUCUGGUGGAGAAGAUCCAUUGUUUAUUCUACGUAGAAUGACAGUUAUUGCAAGUGAAGAUAUUGGAUUAAGAGAUGGAUCAUGUUUACCUUUCAUGGUUGCAGCAAAACAAGCAUUUGAAUUUGUUGGAAUGCCUGAAGGUGAAAUAAUUUUAGCUCAUUGUACUACAAAAUUAGCUAGAGCUCCAAAAUCAACUAGAUCUUAUCGUGCAUUAAGAUCUGCUCAAAGAUAUAUUAAUGAGAAUCCAGAUGUUUUAAGAUUACCAGUUCCAAUCCAUUUAAAAAAUGCACCAACUAGAUUAAUGAAAUCAAUGGGAUUUGGUGAAGAUUAUAAAUAUAAUCCAAAUUAUGAAAAUGGAAUUGUUAAACAAAAAUAUUUUCCAAAUGAUAUGGAACCAAUUAAAUUUUUUGAAGAUACUCAUUUAGGAUCAGUUAGAGAUCCAAGUGUGCCGAGCGAAAUUUAUGAGAAAGAAAAAACAGUGGUGGAUCAGUACAAUGAUUAUUUGCAAUGGUCAAAAGAACGAAAGAAGAACAAAAAAGCAGAAGAAAAAGAAGAAGAAGAGUAUGUUUCUACAAAGAUGAAAAUAAAUGAUACUAGUAAGACUGAACUGAGUGAUGGAAUUGAGGAAAAUGAUGAAAAUUCAGAGGAAGAUGAACGAAGUGAAUAUUCAGAUGAUCCUGAUUGUACCAAUAACUUCGGAAAGUCAUAUGAUGAAUUUUUGGAUAGAGACUCUCAACCAGAGUAUAAUGAUGAUACAAACGAAGACAUGAUAUAA